AUGAAACGUGUAAAAAAAUGUUUAGAGUAUGAUACACAAUCAUAUUCAUCAGAUGAUAAUGAUAAUUCCAGUCGUCUAACAACCAGUCUUAUCACAAACGGUACUAAUUCUGCGGUACCCAGACACACAGAUGAUAAAGGUUCAAGCUCAUGGUCAAAAGAAGCUGCUUUACGGGUGUAUCACCUUCUGACUGGUCGUAGCUCAUCACGCCUUGCACCCGAGCAAGCGUUACGUGUACUCAUAAAAGAAAUUGAAGAGAAUGAAAAUGUCACUCAAAAAGAAUUAAUCGAGAAGCUGAUGGGAGAUGCUGAUUUGGAAGAAGAAUCGAAUGAUUUCAUCUUGGAUGCAAAUGAUAAACGCAGUGAUGUUGGUGGUGAUGGAAACAGUGGACAAAAUGUUUCAACAAAAGAAACAGAAGAAGAAACUGAAAGACGAAUCAGUCCCGAACAACAACAACCAACUGAUGAUCGUCAGCAUCAUCAUCAAUACGUUAAAAAUGAAUCAGAUCAUAUGAAAAUGGUUGAUGAUAAUGAUAAUGAUAAAGUAUUGGAUGAUGGGCACUUGGGAACAGAUGAGGCGGAAUUCAUCAAGGGUAUUAGAUCAGUGCUGCAGUUGGAUGGUGGAUAUGAAUUACCGAUUUCGAAUUUUGUUGCGCGAUAUAGUGUGAAACGAAUCGAUAUGCUGAUUGAAUAUUUAUUGGACAAAGUGCAAAAACAGUGGAAAACCGUGUUCUAUGCAUUUAUACCGCUACAACAGAUUCAAACACUCGUGUUUAUCUGUUUCGUGCAAAUUAUUAGUUUAACUACACUCUUCCGAAUGUUACCCGUGAUAUUAUGUCAUAUUGCAUUUGGUGCAAUGAUGUAUAAUACGUUGAAAAUGUUUCGAGAUCGCUCGUUAUUGAAACAUCGCCGAAUUUGGAUGCGUAUUUUACGGAUUUUUGAUCGUGAUGAGGGAAGGGGGUAUAUUGAUGGAAGGGGACGGGAAAAAGAAGAGGGAGGAGGGACUCAAGACUUAGGAGAAACUGAAGAAAUCAGCAAGCUUGAAGAUGACGUUAAUGUUAGUGACGGUGAUCAGCGACAACAUUUCUCAUCGGUGACUGAAGCCGACAUUGAGGAAAGUCAAUUUGUGACCGCUUCAUGGGAACCUUAUUGGAACUUCUUUUUGGCUCUGCUAAUUUUCAUCAUUUGUUUGGGUUUAGCUGAACGCAAUUUACCGAAUUGUAUUCUUUUUUGUGGUGUUUCGGCAUUCUUCACACUCAUUUGCUUUGUUGCAUUAGCCGAUAGUACCGAUCGUAUCGCGUUAAUUGCAAUCACAGCAAAUAUUAUUUCAUGUUUACCAGCUGUCAUGAAAAAAAUGCGUGUUUCGGCAGCAUACUGGCAAAUUUGGCGACCAUUCGUCGAAUUUCGAUUGAGCCAUUUACGUUUUGCAAUUGGCAUACCAUCGUUUGCCUUAUUGAUUGUUCCCAUUGCGUAUAUUUUGAUGGCUUUAAGAAAGCAACGUUGGACUGAAAUUAUUCAUCUUAUCAUACCACACAUUGUUUUCAUAAUGUGGUCAGACGUAGCGGUAACUCUUUGGCUUAUUGGCUUUCGACAGUUCCAAUUGUCUGGUUUCAUUUUAACCGUUGCGGUAAUAUCGAUGUUUGUUUCACCAUCGCUGCUAGCUGCAGGUCUAUCAUGCGUUAUAUUAGCUACACAAAUCAAGGCAUCAGUUGAAAUGAUUAGUGUAGUGAAAAUAUUCAUAACGAUCUUUUUCUUGAUACUUCCAUUUGUUUUGAUUCGUCUCUUCAAGAAACUCGCUAAGAAAUAUGGUUUCAAAGAUUUUCCAGAGCGUUCAUUUCGUGCAAAAAUUUGUUUGAUAAUUGCAUAUGUGUUUGCAUUAUUGAUGACAGUUUCGUUGAUAUACCAUGGAACAGCGAUAAACUGGAAAGGAACUGUACAAUCGGUGCGAAUCGUUAGCAUUGAUAAUUCGUUUGAAACUCUGUUGGAUUAUUCACCAGAUUCAUUGGCACAAAGCAUUCGAUGUUUUUACGAUACGGAUAAGAAUGAUGGUUCGUAUACAAAAGAUAUCAGUGCGAAUGAGUGCAGUCUAAGCCACCUUAAUACGUAUUCAUUCGAAAUUGACGUUUCUGGACCGUAUGGUGAACAUUAUAUUAGUAGCAAUAAAGGACAGUUGAUACUGUCGGCAUCGAAUGCUUUCACUGAUUUGUUGAAGUUACUCGACGAAGUGAAACACUGCCAUAACAUCACUGCGACGCUUGAACGUACUGUGAUGUUACCCACAGAUCAAGCCUUAUCGGUCCUGUCCGUUAUGCUUUUGCGAGAUCCAUGGGUCGUUUAA